AUGGGUCUAAUCAGCGCCUACUGCAUGUGGACUCGGCUAUCUGACGACUUAGCACCAGCUUUAGAACAGCAUGCCAACAUGUCCAAUCGUUACUGCAAGACCUCCGAUUACAUGAAUCUCUGUUUCAAAGUCAAGUGGUUCUACAAUACUCACAUCUCGGAGGUUCCAGAACUCAAAAACGUCGUUCCUGGCUAUCCCAGUUGGUUUGAGCCAUUUGUAAUGCAAUGGCUAAAUGAAAAUGACGAGAUCUCAAUGGAUUUCUUACGAAAUGCCUACCAACGUGAUAAGAAGGAUGGAUUUCAUCGUUCCAGUGGUCAAGCGCUCUUCUCAAACUCCGUGGUGGAUGUAUUCACUCAGCUGAAUCAGUGUUUCGACAUAAUGAAGAAAUUAGAGUGUCCGGAUCCGGUAGUCAACGAUCGAUUUCUAAACCGUUUCUCUCAGACAGUUGGAAAAGUUCUUCUCACCUAUGCGGAAGUGGUCAAAGCCGAUUUUGGUCAUUGGGUGGAAUCUCGAGAAACCGCCUGUAUUCUAAUGAACAACAUCCAACAAUGUCGUGUUCAAUUGGAGAAAGUUUAUGAAUCCAUGGGAGGUGACCGAAGCCUCAAGGAGGAUACAAAAAUGGUAAUGCAUGACCUUCAACAAAUGCUCAAUGAUGCCAUCGAUGUGAUGGCGGAGAAAUAUUCGGUUGCUCUAAAACCACCCGUUGUGAACAAGGUUAUGGAGGUUAAUAAGCUACUGCAUCAGGUAUCAUCCAAUUCCAAGGCCAAUAUUGAAUCUGAAGCCGAUCUUAUCUUACGACCCCUGAUGGAUCACUUCGAAUCUUCCUUAUCCAUCUACGCUGAUGUCUGCGAGAAGACAGUGUUGAAAAGAAUUCUGAAAGAGCUCUGGAAGAUCACGAUGUACACAUUUGAGAAACAGGUCGUUCUUCCACCAGUAUCUGAUCCCAGUGCUCUUUUCCUCAAUCUCUCAAUUCCAUCAAACGCAACGGCCAAACUGACAAGUGUUUCUCAGACACUACUGAGUAAUGUCAGUAGCCAGUUACCAAACAAUAAACUUCUCCAGGAGAUGUCAAAAGAGACUUCCAAUAUGACUCUAAAGAAUUUGAAUCAGCGACAUUGUCAGAUUAUGGGCAUUGCUUUGGACGCCAUCAAAUCUUACUUCCAUGCAGGCGGUAGCGGCUUAAAGAACAGUUAUCUGGAGAAGUCACCAGAAUUCCUCUCCCUUCAACAUGCUCUCUCACUGUACACGCAGUCAACAGAUACACUGAUCAAGAACUUCGUCAACACUCAGAAAUCGCAAGACAAACCGGCCGUUGAAGACAGUGUCGGUGAACUCUCCAUUCAAGUGGACCUCUUCCGACAUCCGUCUCAUGGGGAACACAAAGUCACCGUUUCAAUUCUAUCAGCAAGCAAUCUUAAAUGGGUAACCAAUGGAACCUUCAGACCAUUCGUUGAGGUGUACAUUGUUGGACCCCUACUAGCUGACAAGAAGCGCAAAUUUGCAACCAAGUCUAAAACCGGUGUCUGGUCUCCGACUUUCAAUGAGACAGUCACAUUCAUGCUAGGAGCUGGCUCAGAGCCCGAAUCCUACGAACUGCAUAUGUGUGCUAAGGACUACUGUUUUGGUCGAGCAGAUCGAUUGAUCGGUUUAACAGUUCUUCAGUUGAGAGAUUUGACAGCAAGUACUGACACACUUGGUCUGGGAACUAGUGGGGCCUGUGCAUGUUGGUGUGCCUUGGGUCGUCGUUUGCAGCUAGAUGAAUCAGGUUGGACCAUUCUACGGAUUCUUUCUCAACGACCCUCUGAUGAGGUUGCUCGAGAGUUUGUUCGGCUCAAGUCAGAAUCCCGGGGGAACGAUGACUCCGGAUCGAGUACAACUGGAACCAACACUGCCUCUGCACCUUCAACUCUUCGGCGAAGCAAAUAG